GCAUGUUGUUGUUGUUGAAUGUUCAUGGCCGAAAGCUGCUUUUUAUCUUCUCCGUAGAGUACUCUAUAGCCUCUUCUCUUCUCUUUUCAGUUUACAACUCACGCUAGCUAUAUAAACAAGUUGACAUGACAAAACAUUGUUUUUCCUCAUGACUCAUCUCUUUCCCUCUCGACUCCGGCAGAGUUAUCUGAAGAUCGUUUGAUGGAUAGCCAAAUGGGAAGAAAUUAAACCAGAGUCCUUCUACUUAUUUAUUUCUUCAUUCGGUCCAUUAUCAGUAUCCUUUGUUGAGCCCAAGUUGGUAUAAGCAAUGAAGCAAGAAAUUCCAGCAAAACCAAGUGAAAACAAGGUGAUGCAGAGUACUCACUUACAAACAACACCAUCUAGAUUUAGAUCAACAGCAACGAAAGUUGUUAAGGAAUCGCCAAGAUCAGAACUUGUUAAUGGAGUUUCGCCUGGACUGAAAUCAAGACCUGUAAUUAUGCCAAUUCCAACAGAAUCAAGUCCCUCAAUUAAUAGUCAACAGAAAGUUAGAAGAUCUCUUCUGGGUUUGAAUUGUAAACUCAAAUUAUCAACUAAUGAAGAUGUGAAAACUGUGAGUAGGUUUGGGAAUAGGUCUCUUAAUGAGCAAUUUUUGAGGCCGCGACGGAAUGUUGAUUCGGUUGUUUGUGAUAAAAAUGGAGAUGAAUCAGAGGUGAAAGUGAAAGAAUUACAAGAGAAACUUGCUGUUAGCGAGAAUUUAGUUCAGAAUUUACAAGAUGAAGUCUUGGAUUUGAGGAAUCAGUUGGUGAAAUUGCAAAGCUUGAAUGAAGAACUCCAGUUGCAGAACAGAGUGUAUGAAGAAAAAUUGUCUCAGGCUAAAAAUUCAGCUCGUUCUAAUCAUGAUCAGAUGGAAGCAAGUACUACUGAGGGUCUUCAAAGACCCAGGCUGGAAGAUGUACAGGAAUUUACUGGCCACAAACUGGGAAUCUUGCAAGGACGAAAAGAUGUUGCAAUCGAUAGGAGUUCUAACAAGCUUCCAUCUUCGCCUUCAGUAUCGAUGCAUUCUCUUCCUAAUGCUGCAGAUACCCAACCAAAGAUUCAGCCAAAAUUGUCACCGGCACCUCCCCCACCACCACCACCUCUUCCCCGUCUCCCUGGUAAAGCAGUAACCCCACGAAAAACUUCAUCAAUUGUGCAAUUCUAUCAUUCAUUAACGAGACAGGAAGGAAAGAAUGAGACAUCUCGUGGGACCAAUCGGAACUACCCUGUGCCUGCUAAUGCACACAACAGCAUUGUUGGAGAAAUUCAAAAUCGCUCAUCGCACUUGCUAGCUAUUAGAAGGGAUAUAGAGACGAAAGGGGAGUUCGUAAAUUCUCUUAUUGACAAAGUGCAAACUUCGGCUUAUUCAAGUAUAGAUGAUGUCCUGAAAUUUGUAGUUUGGCUUGAUGGUGAACUUGCUUCGUUGGCUGAUGAGAGAGCAGUACUAAAACAUUUCAAUUGGCCCGAGAGAAAAGCUGAUGCUAUGAGAGAAGCUGCUAUUGAGUAUCGUGAUCUUAAACGGCUAGAAAGUGAUGUUUCUUCGUAUAAGGAUGAACCAUUCAUGCCAUAUGAAACUGCAUUGAAGAAAAUGGCUAACUUACUAGAUAAGUCUGAACGUAGUAUACAGAGAUUAAUUACAUUACGAACUUCCACAAUGGUGUCUUAUAAGGACUGCAAAAUCCCUACAGAUUGGAUGCUCGAUUCAGGGAUGGUGUCGAAAAUAAAACAGGCGUCUAUGAAGCUGGCUAGAAUGUACAUGAAGAGAGUUUGCAUCGAAUUAGAAUCUGUCAGGAGUUCAGAAAGAGAGUCCACACAGGAAGCUCUUGUUCUUCAGGGUGUUCGAUUUGCUUUCAGGGCCCACCAGUUUGCCGGGGGACUUGAUUCAGAAACAAUGUGUGCUUUUGAAGAAAUAAGGAGGCGGGUUCCGGCACACAUGGGAGGUCCUCGAGAGUUGUUAUCCGGUUUAGCAUCGUAAAUACAUGAUAGAGUAUCAGUUGCAAUCUCUUAUCUACUGUUGAAGCUGUCAGCGGUAAUUAACGAGCUAUCGUUGCUAUAGUACGAGCUCGAGAUUAACUUAUAUGAAAAUAUAAAGACAGCACCAUUAGCUAGUGUUAUAUACAUAUAACAUAUUCAAAUUGGAAGGAAAAUGCUGUCAAAGAUUGAGAUAAAUAAACUUCAAUAUAUAUUUUUUAUUCGUUUUUCUUUCAUA